AUGUAUUCCAGUAAAAUUUUAAAAAAUACGUAUUAUUUACCGUAUAAAUCUAAAUGUUUAAACAAUGUAAAUAAUCGUUUGCCAGAUCAGUCAUAUAACUUGCAUUAUUUUGUAUUAAGCUCCUAUAAUCCUUUUAGCAACAAUGAGAUUCACUUGAUUGAGUAUAACGAUCAAAGUUUAUCUAUUAGAAAUGUAGAAAUAUUUGACCAUAAUGGAGAAAUUGAACAGAUGGUUUGUUUAGAUAUGUAUGGAAAUGAAGAUGGAGAAAAAAAAGUACUCAUAUGUACUUCUGGGUUUUGCUCAUCUGGUGGGAAUACUAACAGGAUGAAUAUAAACGAUAUGAAAUAUUCCUGUUCCUUGUUCAUAGGACAUAUAAAUAAUUUAGAUGAAAAGGAAUAUAAUGAAAACUACAUAGAGGAGAUGACGGAAAAUGUUGAAAGGGAAGAGGACGAUAUUCGGCAUAUUUCGUUCGAGGAUGGCCAAAAAAGAGAACAAAGACAAUUGGACGAGGUGGUAGGAGUAAUAGAAGCAGAAAAAUCAAGGGAUGCAAUAGAAGCGAGGAAAGCAGUAGAAGCGUGGGAUGCAGUAAAAGCGAGAGGCGUGUACGUCGAUCGCAAAGUGGAUACCUUGCUGGAGAAAAAAGGAAUAGAGGAGACUCAUCAAAAUAUAAACAAGUUAGAAGAAAAUCAAAAUUCACACAUUUCAAAUGAUAUGAAGGAGAAAGAGAUCAGGUGUGAAUUAAAUAUUUCCUCAAGAAAUAAUGGAAAUAUAAAGAAGGUAUAUUUACCUGGAGAAAAAAAGAAGGUGCCGUUAAAUAAGUUGUGUGAUUUGAAACGUAGUAAGGAAUAUGAUGGAAUUAAAAAUAUUGCCGUAGAUAAUUAUGAAAAAGAAUUUCAUAGAAUAGCUAUAAUAGACAAAUAUAGUUAUAAUAUAUUUGAGAAGAAUAAAAAUGAUAUGAAUUUAAUACAAUCAAAUAAUCUUAAAAAGGAAUUAAAUUAUGGAGUAUUCGAUCCUCAUCAUGAAAAUAUAUUAGCAGUUAUAAGUGAUAUAUAUAUAUAUGGUUACGAUAUUAAAAGUAAUAAGGAAAUAUUUUCCGCAUAUACAAAUCAUAAGUCUAAUUUAACAUCCAUUGAUUUUAAUCCUAAUAUACCAAACGUUAUAAUAUCAUCAUCUAAUGAUGGUUUUAUAAAAUUCUGGGAUUUAAGAUAUUUAAAAAAUUCUUUUCUUACUAUUAAUAUUCAUUCUCAUUGGGUUACUUCUCUUAAUUUUAAUAAUUACCAUGAUGAAUUACUUUUAACUACAAGUACGGACAAUACAGUUAAAUUACAUAAAAUAGAAUACCCCAAUAAUUUAAAUCUACAAAAAAAGGAGACAAAUUAUAAGUUAAUUAAAACUUAUACAGAUCAUGAAGAAUCUGUUUACAAAGGAAUAUGGAGCAAAACGGACGCUUGGGUUUUUGCGUCCUUAUCAUACGAUGGAAAGUGCGUUGUGAAUACCGUUCCUACUGAACAAAAAUAUAAAAUACUCUUGUAA